AUGCCGAUGAGUGCUGGAAUUCUGGCCUCUUUCGGUGCCACCAACAUCCUCUUCACCGCAGGGUCAUGGCACUUUUGGAUCGCUGGGAUCUAUCUACACUUCUCCUGCGUCUACGGCUGGGCCACUGCCCUAGAUGACUGCAUUCUGGCGUUGCGCCAGGGCUUCGCCUUGGUGGAUGGCAGGGUCUACCUCGUCUGUCCCCUGGGAUAUGUAGAGGAGCCGCAUCUGGAUCGCUGGAUCUUACAGCACUACCGUUUCAUCACCUCGAAAAUCACUUCUUUGGUACUCCGUGGGGCCGUGCAAUUGAUACUAGCCUUGUGGGUAGAGGCCACGGUGCUGUACCGCUUGAAAUGUAUGAAGGCCUUCAGUGGCCAUGCACGCAGCCCGAUGUGCAUUCAACUGACCUUCCUCUGGUGGAUUCAGAUCCUGUUGCUGCCAUCGGCUUUGCUACCAAGCACUGGCUUAUCUGGCCUUGUUCGCCGGAUGCUCUGUAUUGCCUUCCUUGUUGCGUAUUUACUGGGCGCCAUCCAACUUCUUCGCAUGCUGCGGCUGAUUCUGACGCGGCUGGGAGAGUAUCGCAACGUGGCACGGGAACAAGAGGAUUCGGAGGAAGCCUUGCUGGCCUUGACCAAGGGACGAGAACGGGUCCGGCGCCAGUGUUUUGGCUACAUGAUGCAUGUGAUUUUUACCGUCACGGUUGGGACCCUCGUGGUGGUUUCCAACAAUCGCGCCUUUGAUGACAAAGACGGUUUCGUUCUCACCGGCAGCUCCGAGGAUUUCUCGACAUUGCUGAAAAUUUCCUUUUUUCUUCCCGCGAUUCACAUUUUAUUGCUGAUUGGUGGCCCCUACAUCAUGAACAGCGGCAACGCCACGAUUGGACAGCAGAGCCAGUUCUGUGCCGAAGUCCGCCCGAAACGACAGAAACGUUCCCGACAAUUGGAGCCUGGGUGGUUUGAAAAAGUGGUGGAGCUAAGUGAACGUGGCAUCACGGUGCAGGAGUUGUUGGCCUUCUAUCGACGUCUUGGCAAGGACCUGAUGCCACACUAUGAUCCAACUGUUCACACCACGCGCGAUGUUGUUCGUCUAGCCAUCAUCCCCAUGACGCGAGAGACUGGCCGGGCGCUUGCCGAAGAUCUGGCAGAUGAGCCACGAAAGGUCCAAGUCAUGGUAACCCACACCUGGGAGAAUCUCUUUCGGGACCUGGUGGCUGCUGUGGUGGCGGAUGCCUUGGAGGAGAACACCUUUGACUUGAUUGCGCAUGUUCUGCAAGAAGACUCCUUUUUGGUGGCACAUCCCAUCCGUGGACACCCAAGCAAUUUCCUCUACAACAAGAAAUUGGCCCAAGAGAUGGAACACCUGCAGAAGACCUAUUGGAUCUGCGCCUUCGCGGUCAACCAACACACCAGCAUCUGCAACAUCAAUCCAGCUCACAAUGUGGACAGCUUGACCAAGCAGCUCUACCCACUCUGUGAUUGCAACGUACCCAAAUUUCUGAACAACUCUCCUCCCCUCGACAAGAAGGGUCGAUCGAUCCAGUGUGAGCUGAAUAAGUUUGAUCACAUGAUGGCCAUCAUCGCCCGAGAGCAUGGCGACUUUGCCCAGGUCUUGGCAAUUGACCAGGAUUUCGGCUUGUUCCACCGUGCCUGGUGUGUCGCGGAGCUGGCUGAAGCGCGGCUGUUGCGGAUGCCCACGCACGUAAAGAUCCCUUCAAAGAACGCCUUGGCGCAACACAUGGAGGGCUUGCGCUUUCUUAAGGUUCAGGAUUUGCAGGCCACAAGACCUGAGGAUGUGGAGGAAAUCCUGAGCAAGAUACCGGACUUUGAGAGCUUCAACCAAGCCCUGCACGAGUUGAUCUUUGACCCUCAGCUGGGCAUUUUGGCCACCUGGUCGGAUCUGGAUGCGGCGCGGCAGAUGGAGGAAGUAGGGCGCUUGUUGCGCUGGGGUCGUGCCGAUGCGGGCAGAGGAUUGGUCUGGAGUUCUUGGUGA